AUGAACUUUCAAUUGAGUGCGGUAAUAAUUUUGCCUUGGCUGCUGUGUUUUGCCUCUGCCCAAAUAUCUAGACCAGAGGCCUGUGCUGCCAAGGGAGUUGCCAGUGAAGGUCUCACUGCAAAGUUCUAUCCAUUUCCAUUUCAAAAGUUUUCGUUGGUGCGUACUCCCAAAUUUUAUGGACACGAUUAUGCUGUUCCAAGCCCUAUUCAUGAGCUGAAAAACAUCGUUGAUCCAAAUUUUGUAAUUGGUGCUGAAUGUAUCCCAACUGACAAAAGUGCUCCAUUCAUAUGUCACAACCCUACGUCGCACUAUUGUGGCUCUAUUGAAUGUGAACCCUUCCAAAAGAUAGUCCAUAUUGGACCACAGACAUAUAAUGGAUACAAUACGACGGUAUCCAAUAUCACUUUGGAAUUAACUGGCUACCUACGGGCCCCAGAAACUGGAGUGUAUAAUUUCCACGUCGAUCCCGCCGACGAAGCUGUUUAUCUUUAUGUUGGACCAGGUGACGCAUUCAACUGCUGUGAACAAGAUUCCAAACCAACAGUUGGUGCUACAGCUGCUUUAGGACUUGUUUUCCCAAAAUCUGGGGAAACACAGUUUUAUUUGGUUGAAGGUAAUUAUUAUCCUAUCAAACUGGUAUAUUUCAACGCCAAUUGGAUAGGACAGCUCCUUACAUCGUUGACUUUACCGAGUGGUGCACUUUCAAAGGAUUGGGGAAAGUAUGUGUACUCUUACGAGAAUUCUAAAAAGGGGGUGUGUUCAUGGAAUCCUUCAACUCCACCGGGAAUAACUACAACAUCGUACACCAGAGGAUCCAUCACCAAAGCUUCCACGAUAGAGACAAGGUCUACUUUCACUAUAGGUAGUAAUGGAGGAACCACCCCCGUUGAUAUCAUUGUAGUUGAAACACCAAUUUCCGGCAAUUCACCUUCGUCUAGUAUUGGAGUUUCGUCAAGUGGCACACCUUCGUCUAGUAUUAGAUUGACGUCUUCGACUGAAGGUGUUUCCCCAACUCCAAUUUCAUUAUCCCAAAGCUCACUCCAAAUUUCGUCAAGUGGUACACCUUCGUCUGGUAUUAGAUUGACGUCUUCGACUGAAGGUGUUUCCCCAACUUCAGUUUCAUUAUCCCAAAGCUCACUCCAAGUUUCGUCAAGUGGCACACCUUCGUCUAGUAUUAGAUUGACGUCUUCGACUGAAGGUGAUUCCCCAACUUCAGUUUCAUUAUCCCAAAGCUCACUCCAAAUUUCGUCAAGUGGUACACCUUCGUCUGGUAUUAGAUUGACGUCUUCGACUGCAAGUGUUUCCCCAACUUUACCAGGAACAACCAAAACAUCCUACAUCAGAGGAUCGAUCACGAAGGCUUCCACCAUAGCGACAAGGUCUACGUUGAGUGUGGGCACCGACGGAAACACCACCCCUGUUAACAUCGUGGUGGUUGAGACGCCAAGUUCAGGCAUUCCACCUUAUACUGAGACAUCAUACACCAGAGGGUCGAUCACGAAGGCCUCCACCGUCACGACAAGGUCUACCAUUACUGUGGGCACUGACGGAAACACCACUCCUGUUGACAUCGUGGUGGUUGAAACGCCAAUUUCAGACAACACACCGUCAACUGGAAGUGUUUCCCCAACUGGUAAUACCCAGAUAAUAAGCACCAUACCCUCACAUGGUUACCAUAAUAUAACAACUGGCGAGGGAUCGUCGACGAAAACUCCAAACACAGGCACUGCACCUCCUACCACCGCGAAUACGUUGAAAACUACCCAAGAAUACACCACACUAACCUCCACGGUUGUUGUGUGUGACUGUUCUGUGAAGUCCUCCAAUGGCGUGUAUGUUCCUACACACAUUACUUUCCCCGUUGGCUCUCCUCCUACGAACGUAGUGGGCAAGUCUUACACAACUACAAUUCUUGUCACUUCCCCUUCGAAACCAAAGAGUGAUGUUACCGGA